GAGAUCCGGGUUGGCGCCGUGACCUCCAUGUGGGAGCUAGAGCUCUCUAUAAGUAAACACUCCGCGCGGCGCAGACAAGGCUUCUUCCUAUUUGUGAGGCGGCGGUUGCGGUAGUGGCGUACCCUGCGACUGGUUCCGGUUUCCUUUCCUUCUCGGCUCCGCUGGGCGGGCGUGAGGUCUAGCAAUCACCGCCGCCAGUGGGGCCCAGCGUCUGGUCGGUUUCCUUCGUUUGUGCGCGCGUUCGCCCGCCACCCGCAGAGAGCCGGAGCCUCUGGGGAAGCCGCACGGGCCGGGCGGGGCGCGGCGUCCGAAGAGCAGGGGGAGACAAAGCCGGGCCAGCCCCCUUUCCCGGAGCCAAGAUGUGGAUCCAGGUUCGCACCAUCGACGGCUCCCAGACGCGCACCAUUGAGGACGUGUCUCGCAAAGCCACAAUUGAGGAGCUGCGCGAACGGGUGUGGGCGCUCUUCGACGUGCGGCCCGAGUGCCAGCGCCUGUUCUACCGGGGCAAGCAGUUGGAAAAUGGAUAUACUUUAUUUGACUAUGAUGUUGGACUGAAUGACAUAAUUCAGCUACUAGUUCGCCCAGACCCUGAUCUUCCUAGCACAUCUAAACAGACUGAUGUACAGGCCAAACCCUGUUCUAAUAGCCCACCUAAAGUAAAGAAAACCCCAAGGGUGGGACUUUCUGGUCAGCCGUCUACAUCAACUUGUGAUUUUCUUAUUGAUCCUGGCAUUGGGCUAUAUAAGGUAAAUGAAUUGGUGGAUGCCAGAGAUGUCGGCCUUGGUGCUUGGUUUGAAGCCCGUAUACGUAGUGUUACUAGAGCUUCUGAUGGACAUUCACGUGGCAAAACUCCACUGAAGAAUGGCAGUUCUUGUAAAAGGACUAAUGGAAAUGUAAAUCAUAAUUCCAAAGAGAACACAAAUAAAUUGGACAGUGUACCCUCUACGUCUAAUUCAGACUCUGUUGCUGCUGAUGAAGACGUUAUUUAUCAUAUCGAGUAUGAUGAAUAUCCAGAAAGUGGUACUGUAGAAAUAAAUGUCAAGGAUCUUCGACCACGAGCUAGAACCAAUUUGAAAUGGAAUGAACUAAAUAUUGGUGAUGUGGUAAUGGUUAAUUACUCUGUAGAAAAUCCUAGUAACAGAGGAUUUUGGUUUGAUGCAGAAAUUACUGCACUGAAGACCAUCUCAAGAACCAAAAAAGAACUUCGUGUGAAUAUUAUCUUAGGGGGUUCUGAAGGAAAAUUAAAUGACUGCCAGAUAAGAUUCGUAAAUGAAAUCUUUAAGAUCGAGAAACCUGGAGCACAUCCCCUCUCACUGGCAGAUGGAAAGUUUUUAAGGAAAAAUGAUCCUGAGUGUGAUAUUUGUGGUGGAGAUCCAAGUAAGAAGUGCCGUUCUUGCUCCUGUCAUAUAUGUGGUGGGAAACAGGAACCCAACAUGCAGCUUCUAUGUGAUGAAUGUAACAUGGCCUAUCAUAUUUACUGCCUGAAUCCACCUUUGGAUAAGGUCCCUGAAGAGGAAUACUGGUAUUGUCCUUCCUGUAAAACUGAUUCCAGUGAAGUUGUAAAGGCUGGUGAAAGACUCAAGAUGAGUAAAAAGAAAGCAAAGAUGCCAUCAGCUAGUACUGAAAGCCGGAGAGACUGGGGCAGGGGGAUGGCCUGUGUUGGUCGCACUAGAGAAUGUACUAUUGUUCCUUCUAAUCAUUAUGGACCUAUUCCUGGGAUUCCUGUUGGGUCAACAUGGAGAUUUAGAGUUCAGGACCGAGGUGAUGAAUUCACAUACACUGGGAGUGGUGGUAAAAAUCUUGCUGGUAAUAAAAGAAUUGGUGCACCAUCAGCUGAUCAAACAUUAACAAACAUGAACAGGGCAUUGGCCCUAAACUGUGAUGCUCCAUUGGAUGAUAAAAUUGGAGCAGAGUCUCGGAAUUGGAGAGCUGGUAAGCCAGUCAGAGUGAUACGCAGUUUUAAAGGGAGGAAGAUCAGCAAAUAUGCUCCUGAAGAAGGCAACAGAUAUGAUGGCAUUUAUAAGGUGGUGAAAUACUGGCCAGAGAUUUCAUCAAGCCAUGGAUUCUUGGUUUGGCGCUACCUUUUAAGAAGAGAUGAUGUUGAACCUGCUCCUUGGACCUCAGAAGGAAUAGAACGGUCAAGGAGACUAUGUCUACGUUUACAGUAUCCAGUAGGUUACCCUUCAGAUAAGGAAGGGAAGAAGACUAAAGGACAGUCAAAGAAGCAGGCUAGUGGAGCCUCAAAAAGGCCAACUACAGAUGAUGAUUGUCCAAGUGCCUCCAAAGUGUUAAAAACAUCAGAUUCAGCAGAAGCAGUUGAGGCUUUCCAACUAACCCCUCAACAACAACAUCUAAUCAGAGAAGAUCACCAAAACCAGAAGCUAUGGGAUGAAGUGCUUGCAUCUCUUGUGGAAGGUCCAAAUUUUCUGAAAAAAUUGGAACAAUCUUUUAUGUGUGUCUGCUGCCAGGAGCUAGUUUACCAGCCUGUGACAACAGAUUGCCUCCAUAAUGUCUGUAAAGAUUGCUUACAGCGCUCCUUUAAGGCUCAAGUUUUCUCCUGCCCUGCUUGCCGGCAUGAUCUUGGCCAGAAUUAUCUCAUGAUUCCCAAUGAGAUUCUGCAGACUCUACUUGACCUUUUCUUCCCUGGCUACAGCAAAGGACGAUGAUUUGUCUACUACUGUGUUGCUCUUGGUGGCUUUUUGGACAAUAAAGAAUCUAAAAUGGUUGGGGGGAGGGGGCGGGGAGGGUGGAAGCGCUAUGGUGGACCAUAUCUCUCACGUUCUGAAGCAGCUAAUCCUCUUUCCUACAUAGCCAUUAUCUUGUGUGUGUAGUGAGAGGCCCAUUUCUCAACUGUCUUUUAAAUAUCAAAAGGUAGUUCCUGUCAGUAACAACUAGUUUUAAAUGAGUAAAAAGUCAAAGCCUCAGCUCUAGUUGAUAUCCAAGUUAUGAUUUAUUUUGCAACUACCUCAGGACAGAAAAGACGUAUGGGGAUUUUUUAAAUCAUUGAGUAAUUAGUUAAAUGAAGUUUUAGCUACGCACUGCCUCCCAAAUAUUAGUUGUGCCUGGUUCAUGUAAUUUGAUUUUACAGAAAAGGAAAUGACACUCGAGAUCUUUGGAACGCAGCUUCUGUAUUGUGCAUAAUACAUUUUUAAUGUCUUCUUCCAUUACAAUGUGUUUUGCAAGGACAAGUUCAUUUUUUAGCCCAUUUUGUGAGCUCCAUUGUGCUUUUUUUCUGGUGUUUUAUGCAAGUUGACUACUAAUGACUAAUGAGAACAAUAUGAAUGCAUUGUUGCUGCAUUAGUGUAAUGUGGUGUGGUUUUGCACUUAAAAGAGGUAUUCAGAUGCUCUAGUUGUAAAUGUUCAUGAAAAGCCUCUUCUGUACUAGUCAAACUGCUUUUAGUGAGUCUCACCAGUGGUUUUACAUCUGCAGAGCAUUGAGGGCUGGGCUUGACUUUUGAGAGGACUGAAAUUGCUUCAUAUUGUGAUCCUAAAUUUUAUAUUCACUAUAUUCCCUAAAGUAUACAUUAAUAAAUAUUUUAUGACCAGAAAAAUAGCUCAUCUUACUUCACUUUUCUACAUUUGUCUGGCUUGUAAGUAUGUAUUUUUAAGAAGUAAUCACUUCCAGAAGUAAUCACUUCCAGAGUAUUUCAUUGUGCAUUUUAAAAUAGACAUUUUGUACAAUUCUCUAUUCUUGAUUUUUGGUAAUAAGAACUAGUAUGAACUAAGGACAGGUUUCACCUUAUGUUUGAUUUUUCUUUUUUAAUUUUACUAAAUUAGAAAAAUUUUCUAUAAUAACUUGUCUUACGUUCAAUUUUAGCAUGAGUGCUACUUCUUAUUUCACAGACAUGAGAAUAUGCUAAAACAUUGUUCUAGUCUCUGAAAGUAUAUUGUUUUCAUCAGAGUAAAGUUUUAAUAUGAUUGAAUCAGUUUUUCUAUUCCUGAAUUCAGAGCCAUAUAUAAUGCCAAUAUUUAUUGAGUAUAUGUGUGUUUAUUUAAUCCUUCUGACAACCCUUAGAGGCAGUCCUGUUAUCCCCAUCUUAUGGAUGAACCUCAGAGGUACAGAAAGGUUAAGAAACUUGCCAAAGUUCAGGGGCUUCUGGGUGGCUCAGUCAGUUAAACGUCUGACUUCAGCUCAGGUCAUGAUCUCACAGUUGGUGGGUUCAAGCCCCACGUUGGGCUCUGUGCUGACAGCUUGGAGUCCAAAGCCUACUUCUGAUCCUGUGUCUCCCUUUCUAUCUGCCAUUCCCCUGUUCACUCUCUGUCUCUGUCUCUCUCUCUGUGUCUGUCUCUCUCUCUUUCUCUCUCUCUCUCUCUCAAAAAUAAAUAAACAUUUAAAAAAAAAAAAAAAAGGAACUUGCCAAAGUUCAUACUUCAGAGAAGUGGCACAGCUGUGCUAGAAACAGGCAAUGUGAGCCCAGGUGCUGGCAGUCUUUACUGUUGGGCUAUAAAGGAUCUCACAUCAAAAUCAAGUUCUGGGGAACACUUACAGCAUAGUGAUUGGAAUGGUUGUCACUUUGGGCUUGUUUUUAACAGACAUUGGAAUCAUUUUUAUUUUGAAGGAUCUAAUUUAAAUAAAACCUUUUUAGAUUGAAAUGAAUCAUUAAAUUGCAUCAUCUAGUGUAUUCCCUUUGGCAUUGGCCAUCUCUCUGCAUGAAGGGUGGGGAACAUCUCCCAGUUUCAGCUACUUGAACUGGAUUGUUCUGCUUUUAUUAGCAAAAUAAGUGAUUUCCAUAGUUAGGCUAUGUUUUGUCGUUUCUUUAAUUUUUACUAUUUUUUUUUAACGUUUAUUCACUUCUGAGAGACAGAGCAUGAGUGGGGAAGGGGCAGAGAGAGAGACACACAGAAUCUGAAGCAGGCCCCAGGCUCUGAGCUGUCAGCACAGAGCCCGACGCGGGGCUUGAACUCAUGAACUGCGAGAUCAUGACCUGAGCCUAAGUCAGACACUCAACUGACUGAGCUACCCAGGCACCCCUACGCUAUGUUUUGUCUUAACUUUACUAUAACAUUAUAGACUAGGAAAGAAAGCUGAUUCCAGCUUAACAUGUUCAGGAGUCCAGGACGGCCCCAAACUAAGCAAUUUUAUUUUGCUUUUAAACUUUUUUAAAAGACUUCGUUUGUUUUUACAUAAAUAUUUCAGUUUACUCUAAAAGAUACAGGAAAUAACCACAAUACCAUUGUCAUACAUGUAAAGAAAAAAAACGUUAUUAUCAAAUAUCUAGUAAAUAUUCAAAAUUCCAUUGUCUCAAAUGUCAUAUAUAGAUAUUUUAGGUUAGUUUGUUUGCAUCAGGAUCCAAAUGAGGACCUUACAUUGUUGUUAAUUGCUAUCACUUAAGUAUCUUUUAGUCUGUAUAUAUCCCCUCUAUCAAUUUUCCUUUACUUUUUGUGAUUUGUAUGUUUAAAUUACUCUAGAAUCUGACAGAGUAAGAUUUUGCUGACAGUAACCAUGUGGUAUGGUUUAACCUGUUUCUCUUUUAUGUAAAUUGGUAGUUAGAAUUCAAGCAUGACCAGAUUUAGGUGUGAGGGGUUUUUUUGGCAAGAUUUCUUCAUAGGUGAUGUGGUUAUCCCUUCAGAUACUACAUAGUAUCUGGUUGUCUCAGGCUUAAAUUUGAAAGAGGAGCUUUUCACUGGAUUCUGGUACAUGUAGUAGGUUACAGUGAUUACUAUUAAGUACUCAGCCACUUUCAUAUGGGUAGAGUUUUUUUUCUUAAAUUUUCUUAGAUUUAGAAGGGCCUCUAGUUAUAGACUCAUUUCUAAAUAAUAUGGCUCACUCAACAAAUAUGUGCAUCCAGGUAUGUUUAAGAAUGUUAGGUAAGGGCAUCUGGGUGGCUUAGUUAAGUGCUGAUCAGACUCUUAAUUGCAGCUCAGGUCAUGAUCUCAGUUUGUGAGAUUAAGCGCCAUGUUGGGCUCUAUGCAGACAACUCAGAGCCAUCAUGGGAUUCUCUCUCUCUCUCCCUCUCUUUCUCUGCCCUUCCCCUUCGCAAGCCCUCUCUCAAAAUACACAAACAUUAAAAAAAAAAAAAAAAAAAAAAAAAAAGGAGGGCACCUGGGUGGCUCAGUUAAGCAUCCAACUCUUGACUUUGGCUCAGGUCACGAUCUCAGUUUGCAAGUUGGAGCCCAACUUCAGGUUCUGUGCCAACAGCACAGAUCCUGCUUGGGAUUCUUUCUGUCCCUCCCCCAGUCACAUGCUCUCUUUCUCUCAAAUUAAAUAAACAUUGAAAAACAAAAUGAAACAAAAUAAUAUUAAGUAAGCUUUGGGGAGGUAGCAAUCUAAAACACCGUAAGCUCUCUCACAAACUUGUUACAACAGUUUGGCUAACAGAAAAGGGCCCUGCCUGUAACUUAAAAGCUUUGGAUUUUAGUGUAGAGUCUACAUACAAAUUGGAUAGAGAUCUGUUCUGACUUGUCCACUGUGUGGCAUUUCUAUUUUUGCUUAUUAGGGAUCAAACCUUUCCCUAUUCUUCAGAGCACCCUGAAAAGAUAGAGCUCAUGACUACCUGAUUUGAGGGAACUGAGCUUGAUGGUCUACUCAUCACCAGCUUACGCUGGGAAGAGUGUUUUGUGCUUAACUGUUGUAUGCUGGUUGAUCCCCAUAUCAGACCUUUAAAUCCCUGAAGGAACUAAUUAUUUAGUAACCUGGAUUAAUCAGACGCUACACACACACAAAAAAAAAACAAACACUAGACACAAGAUAUCAAGAACUAGCUAGAGGGACCAGACAGGCAGACCAAAUGACUACUAUUGAAAGAAUGAAUGAAAGAAUGUCACGCUAUAUUCUCAAGUAUAAAAUUGCAUUGCAUUGAUAGAAUAACAACAAGCUGCUGUGUGAAGAGUAGUUUGAGAUUAAAAUUCUUGUAAAUAAAUGAAAACAAAAUAGACAAAACAGAAUAGACAAAAUCUGAACAUAUUAAUAGGUAUUCCAUUAUAUAUGGAUAUUCCAAAAUUUGUUAAUGCAUCUGCUAAUGGAUAUUUGAGUUUCCAGGAUAUUGCUGUAUAAAGCUGCUUCAUGUGUAAGUAUUUGGAAAAUAGUUGAAAGUUUCCUAUAAAUUAAGUAUGUUCUUACUACGCAA